AUGAUCUAUUGGGCAUCGUGCCGUGAGUGCAGACACACCGAGGGCUGCUUCUCAUCUGCGAUGCUCUCGAUGGCCAAGCUCCUCCCGCUCCUCGCGGCUUCGGCCUCGUCGUCGUCGUCCGUCGAGGUCGCCUUCUUCGGCGAGGCCCUGUGACCCGGGUGCCAGGCCUUCGUGCAGGGUCCCAUGAAGGACCUCAUGAUGGCCGAGGGCAUCGACGACGUGCUCGACUUCUCGCUCGUGCCCUGGGGCAACGCCUACGUCGCCUCGGCGACCUGCCCGACGACGUCGACGGAGGAGGGCUACGCGCUCUACAACGUCACGGCCCGCGAGUGCUGGAACGACAGGUGCGGCUCCGAGGGCUUCGACUGCUUCGCCGGCGAGUUCAUCUACCAGCACUCGCCGUCCGAGGGCCUCGCGGACCUCGUCGAGGCCUGCGCCGUCGACGCCUACCCGGAGCGCGCGAACUGGUGGCCCUUCGUCUACUGCUUCGAGGGCCUGAAGCUCAACUACUGCCCCUGCGGCGAGGCCUGCGACCUCGACGACUGCGACCUGCACUACACGGGCGCGCCGCAGAUCUACCUCAAGGACUACGCGCCCAGCGGCACGGAGGACGUGCCCUACAACAAGAGCGCCGCCGACGCCUACAUCGCCGACGCGGGCCGCCGGUGCGCGGGCACCGUGGGCCUCGACUGGGCGCCCGUCGCGAGCUGCGCGCUCGCGGACGCCGCGGACCCGACGUCCUGGCCGGGGGCGCGCGGCCUCGCGCUCGAGAAGGCCGCGGCCGAGAAGACGGCGGACCUCCAGCCCGAGCACGGCGGCGUGCCCUGGGUCGUCGUCGACGGGACGCCGCUGAGCAACACGACGGCGCUCCUCGCGACCGUCUGCGCGGCGGCCGAGGCCAAGGGCCUGCCCGCGCCGGCGGGCUGCGCCAAC